GGCAGUUGGUAAAUGACAGUUACAGAGAAAGCGGGGACAGAAAAACAUGUAGGGGAAUGAAUGAUGCGCUAGGCCCAGGAGAUGCUGAAACUGUGUAAUAAAGCCAUCACGUCACAUACCUUUGAGUAUUUAUCUGACAGCUCUCUCCUCGCUCCUUACUUGCUUCCCAUUUUCAGCAUGUUGGACAGCAGUAAUCAGCCUCACUGGAGCACUGAGCUGGCAGGAGAACAGCUACAGCAGAAAGUCUGUCAGUUGCAGGACCAGCUGGACGCUGAGCUGGAGGAGAAGAGAAAAGUCUUACUUCAGCUGUCCAGAGAGAAAGCUCAAAACAGGGAUCUGCAGCUUGAAGUCACCAAUCUGCUUCAGAAGCAUAAGCAGGAAGUAGAGAUCCUCCAAAAUAAAGAGACAAUUUCCCAGUCUCCUGACAGGCAAUCUGAACCAGCCACUCACCCAGCUCUAUUCCAAGAGACUACUUCAACAGAGCCCUGUGAACCAAAAAACCAAGAAGAAGAGAAACUGUCCCAGAUGUUAAGUGAGUUGCAGGUAUCGCAUGCGGAGACCGUGCUGGAACUAGAAAAGACCAGAGACAUGCUCAUUCUGCAGCGCAAAAUCAACGUGUGCUAUCAGGAGGAACUGGAGGCGAUGAUGACAAAAGCCGAUAAUGAAAAUAAAGAUCACAGAGAAAAAAUGGAGAGGUUGAAUCAACUGCUAGAUCUCAAGAACAAUCGUAUCAAUCAGCUGGAAGGUAUUUUGAGAAGCCAUGGCCUCCCGCUAUCCGAACAGCUCAAAGAUGUGGCUUAUGGCACCCGACAGUUGUCCUUAUGUCUGGAAACACUGCCAAGUCAUGGAGAUGAGGAGAAAGUGGACAUUUCUCUGCUGCAUCAGAGUGAAAAUCUUUUUGAACUACACAUCCACCAGGCCUUCCUGACAUCUGCUGCCCUGGCUCAGGCUGGAGACACUCAACCUACCACUUUCUGUACCUAUUCCUUCUAUGAUUUUGAAACACACUGUACCCCACUAGCUGUGGGGCCACAGCCCCUCUAUGACUUCACCUCCCAGUAUGUGGUGGAAACAGAUUCUCUUUUUUUGAACUACCUUCAUGGGGCUUCAGCCCGGCUUGAUCUAUACCAGGCCAUAGCCAGUGAGCACCACACUCUUGCAGCUGCAUGGAUUUGCUUUGAGAGGGUACUGGAGACUGUGGAGAAGGUCCAUGGCUCUACCACACUUACUGGAGCCAGUGGAGAAGACUUUGGGGUGUUAGAAUACUGGAUGAGGCUGCGCUUCCCCAUAGGACCCAGCCUACAAGCAGGCAAUAAGCGGAAGAAAGCUCAGGCCUACCUGUCAGCCAGUGUGCUUGGAGUCUGGGAGGCCCGGGAGGAUAAGUCCAGAUUGGAGACUUGGAAGCAUCAGAAUGAGCUGCGGGUGGAAAUCAUCAGAUGCUACGGCCUCCGGAGUCGGCGGCUGGGAACCCAGCCCAGUCCAUACGUCAUGUACCGCUUCUUCACUUUUUCUGACCAUGACACUGCCAUCAUUCCAGCUAGUAACAAUCCCUACUUCAGAGACCAAGCUCGAUUCCCAGUGCUUGUGACCUCUGAUCUGGAUAAGUAUCUGAGGCGGGAGGCUCUGUCUGUGUACGUUUUUGAUGAUGAAGACUCAGAGCCUGGCUCGUACCUUGGCCGGGUCCAAGUGCCCUUGCUUCCCCUUGCACAAAACAAAUCCAUUAAAGGUGAUUUUAACCUCACUGACCCUGUGGGGAACCCCAAUGGAUUUGUUGAGGCACAACUGGAUUGGAAGUCUUUCUACCUACCACCAGAGAGCUUCCUGAAACCAGAAGCUCAGCCUGAGGAGAAAAACACCAAGAACAGUGUAGAGAUAUCAUCUGAAGAGGAAAAGCCUUCAUUUUCUCCCCAGGACCAGAUGGCAUUUGCUGAAAUUCCCAUUGAAGUUGGCCAGUAUCAAGCCAAGCGAAAACCUCCACAGGUAGGAGAAAGAAAGGAAAGGGAACACCAGGUUGCAAGCUACUCUAGAAGAAAACAUGGCAAAAGAACAGGCGUCCAAGGGAAGAACAGAAUGGAAUAUCUUAGUCGUAACAUCUUAACCGGAAAUACACUACAACAGGUGAACUACACUGAAUGGAAGUUCUCAGGGCUUAAGAGCUCCAGAGAUGAUGGUUUAAAAAAUCAGCAAAAGGAAGAGGAAAUGACAUCAUCCCACUCAGUAGUGCUGCAGAAAGAAGCCCUAAUUCCUAUAAAUGAUAAAGAAUCCUGUGAACAGGCUUCUGAAGUCAGUGAAGCACAAACUACAGAUAGUGAUGAAAUAGUGACACCGGUAUCUCUGAAAUGUCCUAAGGCAGGUUCGGAGAAGAUGUGUAUUGAAAUCGUCUCCCUGGCCUUCUACCCAGAGGCCGAAGUGAUGUGUGAUGAAAAUGUAAAGCAGGUGUAUGUAGAGUACAAGUUCUACGGCCUACCCUUGUCAGAGACGGAGACCCCAGUGUCCCUGAGGAAGCCAAGGGCAGGAGAAGAGAUCCACUUUCACUUCAGCAAAGUGAUAGACCUGGACCCACUGGAACAAAAAGGCCGAAGGCAGUUUCUGUUCGCCAUGCUGAAGAAACAAGAUCCAGAGCAAGGACGUUUAAAGUUUACAGUGGUAAGUGAUCCUCUGGACGAUGAAAAGAAAGAAUGUCAAGAAGUAGGAUAUGCGUUUCUGGAACUGUGGCAGAUCAUGCAAUCAGGAAGAGACGGUGUAGAGCAAGAGCUAGAGAUUGUCAGCCCUGGAGAUCAGGUCACCCAAAUAGGAAGGCUGAAGGUGUCCCUUCAAGCUGCUGCCGCCCUCCAGGCUAUUUACAAGGAGAUGACAGAAGAUACGUUUUCAUGAUGGAGCAAGUACUAGUCCAUUCUAAACUUUCUGAGGGAACCAUAGUAAAAAGUCUCUUAUAAAGUAACUUGCUAUAC